AUGAGAUUCAACAUUUUCCACAUCCUGGGUGAUGUGUCGCAUACCACGUCCAAGCUGAUCUUGAUAUGGGCUAUCCACUCCAACAGCAGUGCUGAGGGUGUAUCCCUCAUCACACAAGCUCUCUAUGCUCUCGUCUUUUGCACACGCUAUCUUGAUAUCUUCAGGGUUUCGGCCACCGCGGACUGGGAGCACACGUGGAACUUUUCGCUCAAAAUAUUCUAUGUCGCCUCCUCACUGUACAUCAUCUUUCUUAUGACAAGCGUAUACGCGCGGACACGCGAGCGAGAAAAGGCAUGGAAGUUCGGUUUAUACUGUCUGCUCGGUAGCCUCGUUGUGGCCCCGAUCUGGUUCUUGAUAUUCAAAAAGUGGGUCAUUGGACACAACGGCUUCUUAAAGAUACUUUGGGUCUUCUCUGAGAUCCUCGAAUCCGUCUGUGUGAUUCCCCAACUCCUCUUGCUUCGUCAAACCACCGUUCCUACCGUGCUCGACUCUUUCUAUCUCGUCACGCUCGGCACUUACCGCUUGCUUUAUUGUUUGAACUGGAUCGUUCGUGGCGCGAAGGAAGAUGGAUAUGUUGAUCCGACGUCAUGGGUUUGGGGUACAAUUCAGACGGCUCUCAUGAUCGACUUCGCUUGGGUGUACUGGACCCGUCAACGCGUGAAGCUACGACACGGAGGUGUCGUUGACUCAGAGGACCUGGGACGUGGAUGGCUGGUUGGACGAUUUGUCGGCAGGAAGAGUGUUGACUUUGAUUACGACGAGGAGGCAGACGUGCCGCGGGCAAAUCGUGAGCCCGAAAGGCCCAAGAACCAAUGGGGUAGGCGGGGAAUUUCCGUAUCUGCAGACGAGGGAGUUCUGGAACAAGAAUCUGCGCCAAGGCGUAAGGCAACGGGCAAUGGACCCGUUGACCCAGAGAGCCAGCCAUUAGCUGACCCAGAUGCCUUUGAGGACGAGAGCAGUGAUGAGGAUGCACCACCCGCAGCUCCUCGGCAGAAUGCUUCAUCCAGCCAUGAGAGUGGUGUUCGAGGAGGAGACGAGUGGACGGACGAUGUCGACGAAGAUGCCCACGAACAUGGCAUCUCCACAAAAUAG